AUGAAUGACUCGCAAGGCACUUUGAAUGUUAAUGAGUUUCGGGUACAAUUUCUGGACAAAGCUCAAUUUUAUCCGGAAUAUUUGAAAGAUGAUCGGUUGUUAAAGGAGCAUUUUUAUCGCAAACUUCGCAAGAACAUUCGAGAGAAGAUUACGUUACUUCAAAUCGAAUCGUUUACACAAUUGGUUGAUGUGACUAGGUGGCACGAGGUUGAGCAAGGCAUGCCGAAUGAUGAGACCUCCAAGAGAAAGACGGAACAAAGUAACUCUCGAAACAAGAAGUUCCGGUCUAGUGGUAGUUCGGGGGGUGGUUCGAAUAGGAAAAACAUUCCCACUUGGAACAAUUGUGGGAAACAUCAUUCCGGAGUUUGUUUAUUACCAUCUAAGAAAGCAUGUUUCAAUUGUGGCCAACCGGGUCACAUUAGCCGAGAUUGUAAGUUCUCUCCAAGCAAGCCUACCGUGUGCUUUAAAUGCUUCAACAAAGGACACAUGAAGAGUGCUUGCCAUUUGUUAACAGAGGAAGAAAGGCAAGCCGAAGCAAGAAAGGCUAAUGAAAGAAAGUUGGCGAAACAAGUAGGGAAUCCGAGGGGAAGAUCGUUCCAAAUCUCGUUAGCUCAAGCUAAAGAAUCCACCGAUGUCGUGUCAGGUACUUUCCUAGUUCAUGACACACACGCUAAGAUUUUAUUUGAUUACGGAGCAAAUCGUUCCUUUGUUGCUGCUCGAUUCACUAAAUGCAUUCCUUUACAAUUGUCUUUUCUUGAACCCCCUUUAUUGGUUGAAGUAGCAGGUGAUCAAACUUACAUGAUUAAGAAUGUGUAUCUAGGUUGUAGUUUAACCAUCAAUUUCGAAAACUUCAAAGCUAAUCUUAUUCCGAUGGGUUUGGGAGAAUUUGAUGUAAUUUUGAGGAUGGAUUGGCUUGGCCAACAUAAGGCAAAUAUUUGUUGUACCGAUAAAAGUGUUCACCUAAAAGCUCCUAACGGUAGGGAUAUGGUCAUUUACAGUGAAAGAAAUCAAGACUCAUUCCCUUUAUGCACCUUUGUUCGAGCCCGUCGACUUAUCUCUCGAGGGUGCAAAGCUUUUCUAGCUCAUGUUGUUGAUUCCAAUAAGGAAUCUAAAUCAAUGUCCGAAAUUUCUAUUGUGAACGAGUUUGUAGAUGUUUUCCCCGAUGAUCUACCGGGUCUUCCUCCCGAAAGACAAAUUGAUUUCAAAAUAGACCUUAUUCCGAGUGCUACGCAUAUUGCCAAGGCUCCUUAUCGUCUCGCUCCAACCGAAAUGAGAGAAAUGAUGGAUCAACUCCAAGAACUACUUGAUAAGGGUUUCAUUCGCCCAAGUUAUUACCGUCGAUUCAUUCAAGAUUUUUCAAAGUUGGCUUCACCUCUUACAAAGUUGACUCUUAAGAACGAGAAGUUUGAUUGGAAAAGUGAACAAGAAGGUGCAUUUCAAACACUAAAAGAAAAGUUGAGUCAAGAACCUAUUCUUACCUUGCCGGAUGGAGUCGAAGAUUUCUCGGUGUAUUGUGAUGCCUCGUUCAAUGGUCUUGGGUGUGUCCUCAUGCAAAAGGUGCGAGUUAUCGCUUAUGCAUCAAGACAAUUAAAAACUCAUGAGAAGUCUUAUCCCGUCCACAAUUUAGAGCUUGCAGCGGUCGUUUUUGCAUUGAAGAUUUGGCGUCAUUACUUGUAUGGUGUUAAAUUCUCCAUUUAUUCGGAUCAUAAAAGUCUUAAGUAUUUCUUUGAACAACGUGAUCUUAAUAAUCGCCAACGGAGGUGGUUAGACUUAUUGAAGGAUUACGAUUGUGAAAUUUUGUAUCACCCCGGGAAGGCCAAUGUGGUAGCCGAUGCCUUGAGUAGAAAAAGCUCUCAUUUUUCAACUCGUGUUUCGCCUCUUUGGGUAAUGCUUACAAACGAUUUCUUCGAACGAAUAAGGGAAGCUCAAGAAGAAGCCCUGAAACGCAACCCCAAACAAGAGAGAAUUAAAGGGAAAUUGCAACAUCUCUCUAAGGACUCUCGUGGCCUCAUGGUUCGUUAUGGGAGAAUUUGGAUUCCAUUCUCGUGCAUGGACUUCAUUACCAAACUCCCCAAGACACCUAAAGAUCAAUUUGAUUCCAUUUGGGUGAUUGUAGAUCGAUUAACGAAAAGUGCAUUGUUUCUGCCCAUCCGUGAGUCAUCAUCUUCCGAAGUUAUAGCUGAUAUAUAUGUGAAAGAAGUUAUAGCUCGACAUGGCAUCCCCGUCUCUAUUGUUUCGGAUAGGGAUACUCGGUUUACCUCCCAUUUUUGGAGGAAGUUUCAUGAAGAUAUGGGUACUAAGUUACAUUUUAGUACUGCAUACCACCCGCAAACGGAUGGUCAAAGCGAAAGAACCAUCCAAACAUUAGAAGAUAUGCUACGUGCUAGUAUAAUUGAUUUUGGGGGACCAUGGGAUGCAUACUUACCUUUGGCGGAAUUUUCGUACAAUAAUAGCUACCAUUCUAGCAUUAAGAUGCCUCCGUACGAAAUGCUUUAUGGUAGAAGGUGUCGAACUCCCAUUUGUUGGGGAGAAGUGGGUCAACGGGAAAAGGAGGAACCGAUGUCGUUCUUGAAACUACGCAAAAGAUAG